UCAAUUUGAGUUUGUCUCAUGGGUUUCUUGAAUUGUUGACGAAUCUGUUGUUUUUUCACUUGGGUUUUUCAUGUUGUUCUGAGUGUAAUUGAGGAACCUAGGGAUUCGAUCGAAGAAAGAGAGAGUAGGGUUGAUUUGACUUUUUAAGAAAAUUAUGGUUUUGAUGUGAAUAAUCUGAUAUGAUUUUAAUCUUGGAGAUUACGCAUCAAGGGUUGGAAUUUGCCUGAUUCUGGUUUCUCGUGCGAUUUAUAUCUAGGGUUUUUGGGGGUUCAGGUGUAAAAACUAAAGAAUUUGAGUGAUUGUGGGAGUGCUAUAUAAUUUAGGUGUCAAAGAUGAGUGACAAUUUGAUGGAGAAACUUAGCGCUUUGGGUGAGCGCUUGAAGAUUGGUGGAGCUGAGGUUGGUCGCAAGAUGAGUGCUGGGAUGACCUCGAUGAGUUUCAAAGUGAAGGAGCUAGUCCAAGGCCCGAAUCAGGUUGAUAAGGUUGUUGAGGACGCAACAGCUGAAACGCUGGACGAGCCUGAUUGGGCCACUAACCUUGAACUUUGUGACAUGGUGAAUCAUGACAGGAUCAACAGCGUUGAUUUGAUCCGUGGAAUAAAGAAAAGGAUCAUGUUGAAGAGCCCUAGGGUUCAGUACUUGGCUAUGGUGUUACUUGAAACUCUAGUUAAGAAUUGUGAGAAGGCAUUCUCGGAGGUUGCGGCGGAGCGGGUGUUGGAUGAGAUGGUGAAGUUGAUUGAUGACCCCCAGACUGUUGUUAACAACAGGAACAAGGCUCUGACACUGAUUGAAGCUUGGGGGGAGUCUUCUGAUGAGCUGCGGUAUUUGCCUGUUUAUGAAGAGACAUACAAGAGUUUGAAAUCAAGGGGCAUACGGUUCCCUGGCCGUGAUAAUGAGAGUUUGGCUCCUAUAUUUACUCCUCCUCGUUCAGUCUCGGCUUCAGAAUCCAGUCCUAAUCUUGCUCAACAACUUGACCAUGAGAUUCCUGCACAAACCUUUUCAGCUGAACAAACAAAGGAAGCAUUUGAUGUGGCUCGAAACAGUAUUGAGCUUCUAACAUCAGUUUUGUCCUCUUCGCCCCAACAAGAUGCUCUAGAGGACGACUUGACAACCACACUUGUACAUCAGUGUCAUCGGUCCCAGUAUACUGUCCAGAGAAUCAUUGAGACUGCAGGGGACAACGAAGCCUUACUUUUUGAAGCCUUGAACGUGAACGAUGAAAUCCAGAAAGUCAUCUCGAGGUAUGAAGAUUUGAAGAAACCUUCUGUCGUUCAUCGGGAGCCCGAGCCUGCUAUGAUUCCUGUAGCCGUGGAGCCCGAUGAUUCACCCCAUUUUGGGAAAGAAGAUGCCCUCAUCAGAAAAUCAGCAACUUCUCGGGCUGCUGGGCCUGCAGGGCACAACGAUGAGAUGAUGGAUGAUCUCGAUGAGAUGAUUUUUGGCACGAAAUCCAGCGGCACAUCUGAAUCGGGGCAGGACACCUCAAAGAAGCCGCAACCCACUAAAGAUGACCUGAUCUCAUUUUGAGCUUCUCUCUUGUAUGAAACACACUUCUGUUGUUGGAUUGGAUUGCUGAAUGGUUUAGGAGCGACGGGUUUAGUUUGGUGCUUGCGAUUUCAUAACCAUUGUGGACAGGACCGGGAUAUUCUCUUUUUUCUUUCUCUUUCAUACGUUUUCGUGCUUUCACUUGCAUUUGUCCAUGCACGUCGUUUCAGGGAUUUGUGUCUGAAUUGGCUAGGUAAUUGCUUGGGGAGCUAUAUACAGAAACGAACAUUAUGAACA